UCUCGCGCGGGGCGGUAACUGCUGACUUCAGUGGGAGGUGCUUCUCGGCGUCCCCCGGCCUCCCCCCCCCCUUGACGUACACACCCCCGGCACACCACGUGGGCGUGAGGCGUGGAAGGAGGGGGGUGUUAGACCCAAGUUAUAACCUCAUUGGUUUUCGUUGCUGCCGGCUUUCGCAAAGGAACGCUCUGAUUGGUCGGUAAGGGGGGCGUCGGGGGUCUCGGAGUUCUAAGGUUCCUGAUUGGUGUAAUGAGAUAAGCUAAUGAGGCGCUUUCUUCCGCGAGGGGUUGUGAUUGGUCGGCCACAGAGGUUACCUGGGAUCUACCCCCCCCACCCGGAGGGACUUUGAUAGGAGGUGACAGGAGGAGUCCCUGCACAGGACCUAAGGAUGCUGUAACCAGAAGAUGGGAUCGCGGAACAGCAGUAGUGCAGGAUCUGGGUCCAGAGACCCCUCUGAGGGCUUGCCCCGAAGAGGGGCUGGCCUGCGUCGGAGUGAGGAAGAGGAAGAGGAGGAUGAAGAUGUGGAUCUGGCCCAGGUACUGGCCUAUCUCCUCCGCAGAGGCCAAGUGAGAUUGGUGCAGGGAGGAGGUGCAGCAAAUUUACAACUCAUCCAGGCCCUCUCGGACUCAGAGGAAGAGCAUGACAGUGCCUGGGACGGUCGCCUUGGGGACCGAUACAACCCUCCUGUGGAUGCAACCCCUGACACCCAGGAACUGGAAUGCAAUGAGAUCAAGACUCAAGUGGAAUUGGCCACUGGGCGGCUGGGGCUUAGACGGGCAGCCCGGGAGCACAGCUUUCCUCGAAUGCUGUACCAGAGAGAACGGGGCCUCUGUCACCAGGGAAGUUUCUCCCUUGGAGAACGGUCUCGAGUGAUGUCUCACUUCUUGCCCAAUGAUUUGGGCUUCACUGAUACCUACUCUCAGAAGGCCUUCUGUGGCAUCUACAGCAAAGACGGUCAUAUCUUCAUGUCUGCUUGUCAAGACCAGACAAUCCGCCUAUAUGACUGCCGGUAUGGACGCUUUCAUAAGUUCAAGAGCAUCAAGGCCCGAGAUGUAGGCUGGAGUGUCCUGGAUGUGGCCUUCACCCCUGAUGGGCACCACUUCCUCUACUCCAGCUGGUCUGAUUACAUUCAUAUCUGCAACAUCUACGGGGAGGGAGACACACACACUGCCCUGGAUCUAAGGCCAGAUGAGCGUCGCUUUGCUGUUUUUUCCAUUGCAGUUUCCUCAGAUGGACGAGAAGUGCUAGGAGGGGCCAAUGAUGGCUGCUUGUAUGUCUUUGAUCGAGAACAGAAUCGGCGCACCCUUCAGAUUGAAUCCCAUGAGGAUGAUGUGAAUGCAGUGGCUUUUGCUGACGUAAGCUCCCAAAUUCUGUUCUCUGGGGGUGACGAUGCCAUCUGCAAAGUGUGGGAUCGACGCACCAUGCGAGAGGAUGACCCCAAGCCUGUGGGAGCACUGGCUGGACACCAGGAUGGCAUCACCUUCAUUGACAGCAAGGGAGACGCCCGGUAUCUCAUCUCCAACUCCAAAGAUCAGACCAUCAAGCUCUGGGAUAUCCGGCGCUUUUCCAGCCGGGAAGGCAUGGAAGCCUCACGCCAGGCUGCCACACAGCAGAACUGGGACUACCGCUGGCAGCAGGUACCCAAAAAAGCCUGGCGGAAGCUGAAGCUCCCAGGGGACAGCUCUUUGAUGACCUACCGGGGCCAUGGGGUGCUGCACACCCUCAUCCGCUGCCGAUUCUCCCCCACCCACAGCACCGGCCAGCAGUUCAUCUACAGUGGAUGCUCCACUGGCAAAGUGGUCGUGUAUGACCUCCUCACGGGCCACAUUGUAAAGAAGCUGACCAGCCACAAGGCCUGCGUGCGAGAUGUCAGCUGGCACCCAUUCGAGGAGAAGAUUGUCAGCAGUUCGUGGGAUGGGAACCUGCGUCUGUGGCAGUACCGCCAGGCUGAGUACUUCCAGGACGACAUGCCAGAGUCUGAGGAACACCCCAGCAAUCCUGCCCCGGUGUCCCACCCCUCUACAGCCUUUUCCUCACCCCAGUAGGUCUGACCUCUAGCCAAGUAUAAUGGUGAGCGUCUGUCCCUCCCACCUUUCUCUCUUCAGGGGGAUUCCAGGGGAAUCAUAGACAAUGAUUGGGGAGAAACAGAAGCCCCAGGCUUCAGGGCCCUACAUGGGCCCUGGAAGUUUCUCCCCACAGAAUGGUCUCUUCACAUGCUCAUACCCAAUUGGCUUGGGUCUCUAUUUCUGACCAGCGUCUGGCAGGACUGCCAUUAUCUGGGGGUGUAACCUACACCAGCAGAACUGUCCUGAAUGUUUUUAAUCAUGCUUGGUUGUUAAGUGUUAUCUCCUAGAAUAGAUAUGGAGGCCCAGACCUGACCUGAGCUGUCAGCCAGGCCCAUUGCUCAGGCCUUCAUGUUGAGGAUGAGACUGACCUUUCUUCCAGUGCCCUGAUGGCUAGAGCUCUAGCCCUUUAGGGGAGGGUGGGAUGGUGUGCCCUUAGCACCCUUUGGGUGCGGAUUAUGUCUUCUCUCUCAUGUCUGGGUCUUUGGGGCCAGACAGGCGGUGGUGUGGGAGGUUCCAUGUGGCCCCAGAGGGGCAGGUCCUCCCUAUCCAGUGUUCUGUCAUGCAAAGGCCCAGCACUUCAAGGAGGGAUGUGGAAGUAGGACUCUGUCCUCUCGCUGGCUUUGGCUCCCUCAAUAAACUCUCUGUGGGAACCUGG